AUGGCUGUCAUGAGUAUCAUCGACCGCAUGCCGGAUGUCCGGGUCGACAUGCUGGCAUAUUUAUCUUUGUUUGUCAUCUUGACACUGGCUGUACGAAGCUACUUGACCCCGAAACCAAGUGCGCCUUUGCUUAACCCCAAGCGCUGGUACGAGUUUACAAGCUCCCGCGCCGUGACGGAAGUUCUUCAUACCACACGCUCAAUCCUCGAAGACUGGUUUGCCAAGAACCCAACGAAACCCAUGCGCCUGACAUGCGAUUUGGGAGAUAUUACCUUUCUGCCCCCGUCAAUGGCUGACGAGAUCAAAAGAGAUCCACGUCUCAGCUUCAUCAAGGCAGCGAACGAUUCGGCUUUCCAUGUUGAUAUUCCUGGUUUCGAGCCAUACCGCGAAGGUGGAAGACAUGAGGCUGCUCUAAUCAAAGACGUUGUUCACGGAAACUUGAAGAAAACAUUGAACCAUAUUACGAUUCCAUUGGCUCAAGAAACCCAAAUGGCUGUUGAAGAAUACCUCGGUAGCAACCAGAACUGGCACAAAGUUCCGUUAAGAGCCACAAUGAUCCCUUUAAUCACCAGGAUUUCAACCCGUGUCUUGCUGGGUGAGGAUCUGUGUCGAAACGAAAAGUGGUUGGAAAUUUCUUCGACCUAUGCUGCCACUAGUUCUGAGGUCGCCGGUCGCCUACGCCGAUGGCCCAGGGCUAUGCGUUAUAUCGUUUCAAUGCUCUCUUCCGAAUGUUCAGCUUUGAGAACCCAGGUCAAAGAUGCCAACGAUUUAAUCAACUCCGUUCUUGAGCGACGUCGAUCAGAUGAGAAAGGCACUUCAUAUAACGAUUCUUUAGAGUGGUUUGAGAAAACUGCGAGAGAACCAUACGACCCAGCUGGCACACAGCUAUUCCUUUCUGCUGUUUCAAUCCACACCACAGCUGAUCUGCUAUGUUCGGCUUUGGAAGAUAUCGCCGCUCAUCCUGAAAUCAUUGAACCACUUCAAAAGGAGAUCAGGGAAGUUAUCAAACAGGAGGGAUGGAAUACCAAAGCUGUAUACAAGAUGUUCCUUCUCGACAGUGCGCUUAAAGAGACUCAGCGACUGAGACCUGUUCAAAUUGCCUCGAUGAUGCGGGAAGCGUUGGAGGACAUCACUCUCGAAGAUGGCACUUUUAUCCCCAAAGGUCAUCAACUUGCCGUCUCGUGUCACAACAUGCGCGAUGAGAAGAUCUACCCGAAUGCGGAACAAUGGGAUGGUUACCGAUUCUAUCGUGAGAGAGAACAGUCCGCCAGGGAGGAUUCUGUCCAACUAUCCUCGACAAGUCUGGAACACAUGGGCUUUGGGUACGGAAAGCACGCCUGUCCUGGUCGUUUCUUUGCUGCCAAGGAAGUCAAGAUCGUCAUGAUGUUUCUUUUGCUCAACUAUGAGUGGAGAAUGCCCAAAGAUUCGAAGCCAAACCCCGUCAGCUGCUGUACAACAUGGGUUACGGAUCCAACUUUCAAGAUUGAGGCGCGCAGAAAGGCCAAAGACGACCCUGCUCUGGAAAUACCUCUCUAG